AGGACCUAAGAAGCGAUACAAAGCGUUACAGGUCAAAAGAAGAAGAAAAAGAAGGAUCAUCGUCACCAUCAGCAGGAGCGUAAACAUUGCCUCACCCACCCAUGUGUAAUCCUCCCCUGUGACUCCCGCCCCCUGGCCACUCCCAGCAGACCCAGCAAGACCAGCUGUCACCAUGAACCUCCUACACAAACUACAAGACCCGCAGCUCGUCGCCGACUGCCAGCAUUACUUUGGGGUGCGGCGGCUGGCAGAUGAACCCUCCAGAACACCGACUAAGAAACACUACUAUGAAAAACAAAAUGGAGGGUCAGAGUUUGCUGAUUAUAAAUACUGCAAACAAAGAGAAUUUUCCGCUGAAUCGAGUUGUGGCAGCGGAGAGUUGAUGGACAGGUUUCUUGGGCAUAGUGGAGGUGGUGGAGGGAAGUGUGGACGGCAGGGCACAGCAAGGUCAAGGGACAAGACACAUGCCCGCCAGGGAUCGUCUGCCAGUGUGAACUCCCUGGGAAGCGAUGGUGAGGGAGGGAAAGGCAAGUCAUGGAUGGCGGUGCUGCUGGGUGAGAACACUGGGGGCACCGAGGGCAGCAUGGAUGAGGACAACACCCUGUCAGAGUCCGAGGCAGAGGAGCCAAACUACACCAUUACCAACAGGUUCUGGUACCACCUGUUCUUCUUCUCCACGGCGCUGGGUGGGGAGCUGUUCUACUCGCUGUUCUUCUGCUUCUGGGCGUGGAACGUGGACGGUGCCGUGCUGCGGAGAGUCAUCAUGGUGUGGAUGGUCACCAUGUAUAUAGGCCAGGCACUGAAGGACCUGCUGAAGGUGCCACGGCCGGCCUGCCCACCCGUCAUCCGGCUGGACACCAAGUGGGAGCUGGAGUACGGCUUGCCCUCCACACACGCCAUGGUGGGUGCUGCCAUGCCCUUCUCCAUCUUCAUCCUCUCCCUCAGCCGGUACCAGCUGGACUGGGGCUUGGGCCUGGCCAUCGCCCUCACCUGGUGCUCCUGUGUCUGUGUGUCCCGCAUCUACCUUGGCAUGCACAGUUUCCUGGACGUGGUGUGUGGGCUGGUGCUGGUGAGUGGGCUGCUGUGGGCCAUGCUGCCGUGGGUGGACACGCUGGACCACCUGGCGCUCACCCACCCUGCCUCGCCCCUCAUCACCAUCAUCCUCACCAUCGCCAUGGUCGUCUGCUACCCCGCCACGGACAGGUGGACGCCCGCCAGAGGCGACACCACUGUUAUUGUGGGGGUGGGCUGCGGUUCCCUGCUGGGCUCGUGGGUCAACUACCAGCUGGGCAUCAUCCGUGAGCCCUCGCUGCCGCCGCCCUACACUGUGCUGUGGCCCACACUGAACAUGGUGGGCCUCUCCCUCCUGCGCACCUCCCUGGGCAUGGUGGUCAUUGUGGCGGUGCGGGCCAUCUUCAAGUCACUGUCCUUCGCCACCAUCUGUGCACUGCUACAGGUGCGCACGGAGGACUACGUCAACAAGAGUGGCAGCCUUACCUCACGGCGCCGCCUGGUGGUGGAGCUCUUCUACAAGUUCAUCACCUACAUCGCCAUCGGCUUCACCGUCGUCUACACCGGCCCAAUGACCUUCCGCCUCGUCGGCAUCGAGCGCCCCACCUUCUACACGGAAGUAUAGAUGCCACUAAUCCUCCCUCAUGCCCUUCAAGCUGUCUGAGGAGAUGAUUCUAUUUUUUGUGCCGUCAUACAUCUUUAUAGAGGAAGAAGUGAAAUGAUUCUAUUUUGUGGCAAUUCUAUAUCAAUCAACGCUGAAAUAUAGACUUCACAAUUCUCUCCUGUCCAUGUUAACAUCAAGUUGUAAUGAUAAGUGAAACGAUUCUAUUUUACAUGGCAUCAAACAUGUUCAUAUUGGCAUUGAGUAGUUUAUAAAUGUCAGUGUGAUAAUAAGUGAGACGAUUUUAUUUUAUGGUGUUAAACAUGUUCAUAUUGGCAUUGAGUAGUUUAUAAAUGUCAGUGUGAUAAUAAGUGAGACGAUUUUAUUUUAUGGUGUUAAACAUCUUCAUAUUUGGCAUUGAGUAGUUUAUAAAUGUCAAUGUGAUAAUAAGUGAGACGAUUUUAUUUUACAUGGCAUCAAACAUCUUCAUAUUGGCAUUGAGUAGUUUAUAAAUGUCAGUGUGAUAAUAAGUGAAACGAUUUUAUUUUGUGGUGUUAAACCUCUUCAUAUUGGCAUUGAGUAGUUUUUAGAUGUCCAAAGGUGUAAUAAUAUAACUAAAAUAAUUAUAUUUUUCCUGGCGUUCAGUCUUUUUAUAUUGGCAUCAGAUGUAGUUUAUAAAUGCCAGAAAGUUUAAUGAUAAGUGAAACGAUUUUAUUUUUCAUGACAUCAAACAUCUUUAUAUUGGCAUUGAGUACUUUAUAGAUGCUAGAAAGAAUAAUAAUAUAUAAGUGAAAUGAUCAUUAUUUGUGUAGUCAAAGAUAUUUAUAUUGGCAUUGAGUAGUUUAUAGACGUCAGGAGUCACUGUCUAUUAGGAUCAAGCUGCCUGUGGUAUAGAUGUAGUGAUUCUCCUCAUGUUUUGGCUUUAAACAACAGAUCUGCAUUGGUAGUGUGUAAAGCAUAAGUAUCAGGUUGUCUGUGCUAUGCCUGAACUCUUAACAUCAAGCAACACAUUAUCAAACAGCUCUAUCAAAAAACAUUAUUAACCCCUUAAUGAUCAUGAUGCCGCUGGCGUCAUAUAGUUCUAGCAGACGUGGGCAACGAGCAUGACGCCAGCGUCGGAAAAUGAGAAGCUUUCCGGAAUUUGAAGGGCGCGUGUAACUAGGUCUCUGUCGAUGCUAAUGACUAACUGGGACCUCUUUUAUUUCUGUGACGUCCCCUACCACCAUUCCGUGCUAAAAAUAGUCUACAGUUCCUGCCUGCGCAUCAUAGCGUCUAUAGAGCGAUUCUGUUCCCUCGGCCGUCCUUUUUCGGCGGUGUUCCUUUAGUUUCUGCUCGUAGUGUGCGUGGUAAGCGUAGUCUUGACACCUCCACUGAUAUACGUGAUGUUCUUGAUGAACCAAUAUCUCGUUCAGAGUAGUGGGAAACGGAAGUUGAAAUUUUUGGGGAAUCAUGGAAUUCCAGCUAAACGGUCUGUCCAAAUAAUAAUCUAAUUUCACAGUUGAGUUAUACAGAUAAUGUUGUACCAGUAAAAAGUUGUAAUUUUGGGGGGAAUCAUAGAAUUCCAGGCAAAUGCGACAACCUAGAAAGAAACAGAUUUCAUAGCAGGGUGGGCCAGAAAAUUUUCUACUAAACAUUUUUUAUGACGUUUUCUCAGUUUCAAAGUUCAUUUUCUGCCAACUUUUUCGUUCAAGGGGGAUCUCCCGAGAAAACUUUUGCAAUCAAAAGGGGUUAAACAACUCUACUAAAUAACACACUACCUGUCAAGUAUAUGAAGGCUUUCAUCGGUGCCUCGACAGCAAGCCCUCCACACCAACACAAAGCGUCAUCGCUGCAAGACCAGUAUGGUAGUGUGUCCUGAGGCACAAACCCCAGAUACUGCUGCCUUCUCCUCUCAGUGAUCUGUCUGCUGAUCUGACUCCUCCCUGUGUGGCGGGGAGAACAGUUUGUACAGACAUAACACUCCUCCCUGUGUGGUGAGGAGAAUAGUUUGUACAGACAUAACACUCCUCCCUGUGUGGUGAGGAGAAUAGUUUGUACAGACAUAACACUCCCCCUGUGCUGGGCUGCCUGGCAUUAUUCAGUCAUGCCCCCACACUUGUAAACUUAGCACAAUCCCUGAGCAAAGGAUUCCCCUACACCUUCAGUCCACUUUGUCAUGUGAUGAAAACAAAUGCAGUAAAAACUAUUUUCUGUUGCCUGAAAACGGCAUGAAGCAUCACAGUCACCUGCAAAGUGCACUGCUCUGCACCGUGAUGUUUAUGUAGUAAGUCACUUCUGUGGGCAUCCUACACCCUCCAAAGCUGCCCACGGAGGGUGUUGGUGGGCACGCCGGGGAUAUGUGGACCCGUGUGUGUGUUUGGGGUGACUGUCCAGACACGAGGGUUGCACCGCAGCACAAGGGUGAAAAGCAGUCAGCAGGGUGCUCUGCUGCACACACUUAGUGAUCUGACUUGUUCUUUAUUCUUUAUACAAGAUGUAGAUAUACAUAGAGUACAUACAUUUACAUAAUGCAAUUAUACAUAAUAUACAGUUAUUCAUAGUGUAUAUAGAGUAAUAGAGUGAAGAAUAUUUUGCAUUUAAAUACAUUUGUAUGUAAGUAUUUUACUAUAGAAACACAAGUUCCUGGCCGGCCGGGCAUCGGUCCAUCGCCGCGGCUGUGAGGCGACGCAGCCUUAUUUUUGUACACACGUGAGGGUGAGAUGUUCACCGGCCUGUGCACCCUCACCAUUGUUGCUUAUGUCAGGGGAGGAAAUACUCUGGGAAAAUUUAUCUCUAGUGCAUGAGUGUUGUUUUCCUGGCGGCAGCUGUGUUAUUUUCCCAGUGCUGCAACACUGUGUUCUUGGUGCACUCUGGGCUGGAGCUGCUGCCACCAAGCACAGGUUCAGGCAGCCAGGUCUGCCACGCCUUCUUGUCUGAAUAUUCUCUGAGGGUCAGUUUCAUAAAAGUAAAGUUGGAGGCAUGCACUUCAGAUGCGAGCUCAUCUCUGUUACAUAGAUACAGUUUGAGAAUCUCUAUUUUGAAUAUAUUUUUAGUCUUGUUCAGUUAUCCCGAGUCUUUAUUCCCUGACGUGAGUACCAAUUGGAAAGUGCUUACAAAACUGGUGGGGGUACAGUUGUCAAAAAAAUACUGAACAUCAAAUUUGAGUGAAACCUAUAAACGUGGUGUUGUGUUGUUUAGGUUGGUACCAGUGGUGCCAACCUAAACAACACAACUGUUUUGGGUACCAACCCAUUGGUACCAAACAAACCAACACAACACAAUGUCUUUAGUUUUCACUCAAAUACUACUUGAUACUUUUUGUAAAGACUGUACAGAACAUGCAUACAAAACAAGGGUGUGUGUCUGGGUGUGGGUGUGGUGGGCAUGCACACUUGGCCUGACUGGGGGAGGGCGAGGCUCAGCGGCCCACACCUGGCUGUGAUCAACCAACACACCCGGGGCAAGUUUUGUGCCCACUUGGCUGCUGGCACUCUGGCCUGUUUUUGUAAGGGGAAUGCCAGGCCCAUCAUGUAUUCUUUCAAAAAAUGACUAAAAGUUAACUGAUUAUUUUUAUAUGGAAUUUAUUGGGCCCUAUACAUGUUAGAUGAGAAACUGCUUGGUGUGAUGCUCUGUUGAUCUUGAAAGGAUAUAGUCCCUCACACUUAUCCAAAGCUUCUGGUUACCCAUCAAGGCUGAAUUCCUCCCUUCCCUUGGGACUGCAGGGUGGAGGUGGAGGUGGUGGUUGUGGUGGUGGCAGUGGGUGACUCAUCCCCUCCCCUCCUACCUCUGAAGCACCACUGGUCACAGCCAAGCCUCAUGGCUGUACACCCCUGUGCUGCACCACUGUCCUGCAGCACACUUGGUGGCGCUGAGUGGGCCCGUGGCUGCACCACAGCCCAGUCAGCCGGAUGACAUCAGGGAGCACACCAAGUUGUUAUUAAUAAUUGUGUAUUUUACUCUGUGUGACCACACAAAGCAUACAAAUUGUCUGCCAUUAUGGUGGUCACAGAGGCCAGUACUGUACAUCCCAUUGUAACUAACACAGCCCAGCCUGACACCACCCUCAGAACACCUCCGCCAGGCUUCACUGCCCCAGCACACAGACCAACACUGGCUGAGAAAAAUGGCACAGAAAAUUAGCUCUUGCAACUUGAGCUGAUGCCAUCAUGGCUUAUCACCCCCAGUGUGUCUGUACCUUAGGCUGUCUGCACAGAAGACACAUUUUAUUGGCCGGCAGCUGCCACUACAAAUGGAUAAAUGAAACACACAUGUUUGUGUGGAAGGUCGCACACGAGCCACUGUUUGUGGACGCUGCCAAAAGAGUGGUUACAAAGUAGAUGCUGAGUCCAUUUUCUCGUCCACAGCACAGAGGCUCACCACCAGUGGCUGGCGAUAGAAACCUCUGUUUCAAAUCACAGCGUGCACACGACACACUUUUUGUGGCCGAGACUCCCACUUUUUGUUCAUUAGGUGACUGAUUGGAAGAGGAGUCAGGCAUACUGUUUCUGUCAUGAUGGCUCAUGGAAGGUGGAUGAUUGGAAUUUUAAUUGUAACCUUAAGGUCACUGAUUGCCUUUUUCAGUUGGCACACAUAUCGUUAUGUUUGCAUCUGAUGUGAUAUCUUAGGUUUAAUUAUUGUAAUCAGAUUAUUUAAUGUUUCUUCAGUCAUCCUGAAGUAGCAUAAUAGUCAGGGUAAGGCUUCAGGGGUGUACCCGUUACAUUACUCAGAGUCUUUGGUAACAAUAUUAGAAAAUUGAUCAGUGGCCACCAGAAAAGUGCCUCAUGUGCAGGGACAAGAUGAUAAUGUUUGCCAGUAUUUUGAUGCCUACUGCUUGUAGUGGCAGGCACGGGCCUCUGAAAGUGUCCCAUGUGCCGGCACCCUUGCUCUGUGUGCUGCUCCCUCAUGGUGUGGAGCCUUAGUGCACUAGCUCUAUCUCAACAAAUUCCCUCCUUCCUUACAGAUCCCUGUGCAAAUUCCAGAUAUAAAAAAAUAAUGCUUAGAAUAUAUAUCAUGAGACUUUCCAUGAACUGUAGCCACAUUGACUAUUCCUUCGUGUCUUAAUAUAUUUACAUAGAUUUACAUAGAAAAUCAGACCACACAGACCCCAUGGUCCAGACUUGGUGGUCUGUCCUUAAACCUAAGUGAUUUUACAUUAAUCAGAAGACUCCAAAACUUUGCAUUUCUACUCUAGUUGAUAUUACGUUGAAGGAAGUACACUCUGGUCUGAAGGUCAGGGUGCUGCAUGGGGGAUGGAGGCCACUCGGAGGUGUUCCCAGCCUGGUGUGUGUGUGUGUGUGUGUGUGUAGGUAACAAACAUGCAUUUUUGUUUUACUUUCUCCUUUUUGUUUGUUGCCUUCUAUCCUCCUUGUCAACUCUACCCUUCUCUGUAACUCUAAAUCAAGGUCAGUUUCACAUAAUUAUCUAUAUAGUUGUGUGUGUGUGUGUGUGUGUGUGUGUGUGUGUGUGUGUUAAGGUAUAUGUGAUGUACAGAAUUGGACCCUUACUACUGUUGGGUUCUGUCUCUGUACCUUAAUGCUCAUAUGGAAAUUGUAAACGUCAAUAAUUGUGAAUACUAAUUUGUAAAGUAAAAUUAAUUAAAGGUUGGUAUGUAUAUAUAUAUAUAUAGGCUGUAAUUUUUUUUGUUUGAUGAUUUUUGGUGUGAUUUUUUCUCUCAAUUUCUUUUAUUUCUCUCUUAUCUUAUUUCCUGUUUCUCUUUUAUUUUCUUCUAUUCCCUGUUUUUUCCUCUUCUUUUAUUCUCCACUUUUUAUUUUUUCCUCACUUUGUUUCUUUUCAUCUUUCCUUUUCCUCUCUUCCUUAUCUUUCUCUACUAUUGAUUCUCUCUCUCUCUCUCUCUCUCUCUCUCUCUCUCUCUCUCUCUCUCUCUCUCUCUCUCUCUCUCUCUCUCUCUCUCUCUCUCUCUC